CUUUUUUCUUUCGUCCGUCAUUUGAAAUUUUCAGUCUUGCUGUGUGACUGUGAUAGUGAUAUUAUUAUUAUUGUGUCAAAUAGCAAGAAACAAUGUUUGCAAUAUAAAUGAAUAUUGUAAAAUGUGAUAUUGUUAUUGUGUGAUUUGGUUUAAAAGUUUAAGAUCCAAAAGUGUUCGUCAUUUAGAUACGGGGUAUAUAAUGUGUUACAAUGGCUUCGGUAAAAGUCGCUGUAAGGGUUCGCCCGUUCAAUCAAAGAGAGAAAGACAUGAAUGCAAAGUUAAUAGUACAAAUGGAUGGGAAAAAGACAAGAUUGAUGACGGUAAAAAGUAGCAAAGAUCAGAACGAUGCGAACCGGGAGAAAUACAAAGACUUCACAUUUGACCACUCCUACUGGUCGUAUGACAGCGCCGACAACAACUUUGCUACACAGGAACAGGUAUUCUCAGACCUCGGUUUGGACGUAAUUGACAGCGCAUUCGAGGGAUACAAUGCGUGCGUGUUCGCGUACGGACAGACGGGCAGUGGGAAAACAUUUACUAUGAUGGGAUCACCGGAUUCGCAAGGCCUAAUACCUCGAAUAUGCAGGCAACUGUUCUCUCGAGUCGCAGCAGGCAAGGAAUCCGGUGCAUCAUAUCGUACAGAAGUUAGCUACCUCGAAAUCUAUAAUGAACGGGUAAAGGAUCUGCUAUCGACUGAUGCAGGGCACUCUUUAAGGGUCAGGGAGCAUCCAAAAUUGGGACCAUAUGUACAGGAUCUGUCUAAGCACUUGGUGUCUGAUUAUGAUGAUAUACAGGAAUGCAUGCACAGAGGCAAUUUGCAGCGCACCACAGCGUCUACGCAGAUGAAUGACGUGUCGUCUCGUUCGCACGCAAUAUUUACGAUCACGUUCGUACAGGCGAGCUACCUUCGUCACAAUAACAUGCCCAGCGAGACGGUGUCUAAAGUGCAUCUUGUAGAUUUAGCUGGAAGUGAAAGGGCCGAUGCCACAGGUGCGACUGGCCAACGGUUAGUCGAAGGUGCCCACAUUAACAAAUCCCUCGUCACUCUUGGUUCUGUCAUUUCUGCGCUGGCCGAGUCCAGCCAACCCGUCGAUAAUCGGACUCCAAAGAAAAAGGUGUUCAUUCCAUACCGCGACUCCGUCCUCACUUGGUUACUUAAAGAUUCUUUAGGUGGGAAUUCUAAGACAAUAAUGAUUGCAGCUAUAUCGCCAGCUGAUUGUAACUAUGGGGAGACCCUGUCCACUCUUCGUUACGCGAAUAGAGCUAAGAAUAUCAUCAAUAAACCGACAAUCAACGAGGAUCCGAAUGUCAAACUUAUCAGAGAACUCAGAGAGGAAAUUGAGAAACUGCGCGCACAGAUAUCGCACAAUACGGUACCUGUAGAGACCGAAGCCGGAGUUCUAGCGACGCUUCAGCGAAAGGAGGCACAAGAAAAAGUAUUAACCGAAAAGUGGACGGAAAAAUGGCGAGAAACGCAACAAAUUUUGCACGAACAAAAGGCUUUGGGUCUGCGGAAAAGCGGAUUGGGCGUGGUUUUGGAUUCGGAUAUGCCUCAUCUUGUUGGCAUUGAUGAUAAUCUGCUCUCUACUGGUGUUACCUUGUACCAUCUUAAGGAAGGAGAAACGGUAAUAGGAAGUGAAGAGUUCAGCCCAACUCCGGAUAUAGUGCUAAGUGGGGCGGGAGUGUUGCCAUUGCACUGUAAGGUGACACUCCACGAAGGUGUGGCCACAAUCGAGCCAGCGUCUGGAGCUCAGUGCUGGCUCAACACUGUGUUAUUGGAUAAACCGGCUAAGCUUAGCCAGGGUUGUAUCCUCCUCCUGGGUCGGACAAACAUGUUCCGCUACAACGACCCAGCUGAAGCGGCAAAACUUCGCCAAGAGGGCAGCGCUUCUAUGAUGAAUCUCUCCAGGCUGUCUCUUCUUUCGUGGUCUACCACCGAUCUGGCGGCCAGUACUGAAAAUCUCAAUAAUACACUGUCUGACUUGGAAAGCGAGAUCCGUUGUGAGCGUAUAUCGGCCCAGCGAGCGGAGUUGGAAAGAGAGAGACAGCAAUUCGUGCUACAACAACAGGAGAGACAGAGACGGUGGCAUGCCGAACGGGAGGAGCUGCUUAAAGCCCAAAAACAACUCGAUGAGGAACGUUCAGCAAUGGAGCGUGAAUAUGCAGCGGCGUGUAGGCGUUUAUCAGGUGAUUGGCGAGCGUUGGAACGCGGGUGGACGUUACGUAGACGUGCGUUAAGAUGUCGGCAGAGAGAGUUAAACGCGCGUGUUCAUAGACACGCCGCUGCAGGCCGCGCUGCGCGUGCGCAGAUUGAAAAGGAGGAGGUUAUCAUCACGGAUCUGGAGGGGCGGAUGGGGGGGAAAAGGAGGGAAUUGGAAGACUUUGUAGCGAAACAUAUCAAGGAACUCGUCUCUCAAGGAUACAUCAUCGAUGAGAAUUUGUCUCCGAGCCCAGAAAGUCCAGCGUCAGAAACAUCAACGGAGUGUCUGAUGCAUCUUCUACAGCAAUGCGAACCGAAGACUGCUCAUAAUAUUAAAGAAACUGUUGAAAGACAUAAAAAGGAGUUAGAAACUCUGGAACAAGAGUUGCAAGGCAGAGUGGCGUCAGUGGCUGCUCAAAGGGUCAAAGUGGAGAGGCUUCAGGCUGAGUUGGCCUUACUGGCAGCGAGGGAAAGAGGGAUCACUAGGGCUCUAGCUGAACAAGAAGACGGUGACAGCGACACCUCACCUUUGGAAGGAGUGAAGCGUUGUAAAUCUGAGCUGGUCUUGAGGACCAGAGAUGAUGACCCUCCCGAACCGCUGUCGGCUGAUGAGAGGGAACAUUAUCGGGCGAGACGGCUUAGCCUCAGUCUAAGCCUAGACCCCCUCCCGUCAAUAACCUCCCCUGACACCUUCCACACGGCGAGUUCGUCUCCGAAAGCGAUUCCGUCGGAAUCUGACCUGCCGAGCCCCUCUACCACGGCGUCGGCGCUCCCCAGCGAAAGCGAGCCCCUACCACGAUUUCGUCUGGGUCACACAGCUGAUGAUAGCGACGACAUGUCCAGUACUGAGGAUUAUCAUAAGCCAAGCCGCAUAGUGGAAGGUCAGUCGUCCAGUUCUGUGGAACGAUCGCCCGAAGAGAGGCACCAAAGGUCUAAAUAUAGGAGAAGAAUAGGAGAACGUCGCGGUCGUCAAGUGACGGAGGCGGAGGCGUUGCGUGCGAUGCAACGGCUUUGUUCGCGAAUAGCCUCGCAGAAGAUGCUCGUCAUCUCCUCGCUGGAGAACGAUUGCUCCAAGGAGGACCUCAAUGGACAGAUACAGGUGUUACAAGAACUUCAAAAGAAAUACGUUCGUCUAGAGAUGGCGCUGCAAUAUUCGUUCUUCGACAACCAGCCGAACAAGAGAACUAUUAUGGUGACUCCGAUACAAGAGACUCCAUCUCUUACGUUGAGUGAGAGUGACAUGCACGUAGCCACGGAAACGGACCAAGAAAAUAACAAUGCCUAUAUACAGGACCCGCUCUUGCAUAGGUUAAAAGAACAAGAGGCGAUAGAAGCGUCAGACAACGUGUCGACAUCAAACGAUGAGCUGAGUUCGGAGCAGGCCUGGCCUGACCCUCUUCGGGCUUUGGCCCCAGAGCAGACUGACGACGAAUGCGAAAAUGACCGGGCGCCGCUAGUUAUACCGGUAUGUGGUAUCUUUUAUGUGGGUUUAUUUGAUCCCGAUUUUCUAGCUAACGGCCACAUUUUCUUACAGGACUACACGCUAGAAGGUCUCAGCCAUCCAAUAGAUUUUUCGGAGGUAAUAUCGGUCCCGGGCUGGGUGACGCGCGGAGCAGGCGCGGGCACGCACCACGAGUACGAAGUGCGUAUACGCUUGGGCCCGAGGUGCUCUUGGCAGCUGCUCAGGCGAUAUCGCCGCUUCAGGGACCUCUAUCUCUUCACCCGGAAACAGUACGGGGAGAAGGUAGCGGCGAUACCGUUUCCCGGACGGGCCCUCUGGUCUUCGGAGGGCUUGGCCCGGUCGCGAAGACCGCAGUUGGAGAUGUUCCUCCGUCGGCUGUUAGCGGUCUGUGCGACCGACCGCCGAUGUCCGUUACACGCGUCGCCGCUCACCCGAGACAACCUCGUCGCGUUCUCGCCUUUCUUUAGGAAGGGCGUGUUCGAAAGCGGCAAGUGCGGCACGGGAUGAUGCCGCGCGGAGCUCGUCACUCGCGCACUGCGCUCCGACCUGCGCAGACUCGCGCACGUCGCCUUCGCUGCGCUCAUCCUGCUCGCACGCUGCGCCGCUCUGGCGCUCUACUACCUCUAUCUACGGCUCAGCCGCAGAUAGGGCUGACUUCACUUUAGGGGCUUGUGAGGGACUUGACUUGGGGUGAAUUAUCAUUAACUGAACUUUAGAGGUAUAACUUCGCGACUGUAUUAACCUUGAUUAAAAAAAAAUCAUAUUUAAUGUAAGAAUUUUUUACUUCUGUGGACUAUUUUGCUUUUUUACAGAAUUAUAAUGUGAUUCGGCCUAAUCUGUAUGAUUUAAGAAAUUACCUAACGUAUACGUAAUGCAUGAUUGUAUUUAUUCAAAAGUGACUAAAAUGUCUGUAACUUAACAAUUAUAAAAUAAUUAAUAUUCCCCCAAAGAUUGGUCGAUGUCCCCACUUCCCUCGGUGUAGCGUAUAAGCGAGUAAUGCGGGUGCCUUUAUGUAUUGUGUUCUGUUAUUUCCACUCUUUAUGUGUCACUGUAGUGUAUGUAUAUAUAUAAAACUUAACGCAGAUAUUAUUAAUAGUAAAAAAUCAAUUUAAUCGCUUGAAAAACACUUGAAGCUACACAAUUGUAAGAAAACUAUUUCUCUAUCCAUAUACAAAACUGCUUUAAAGUAAAGAGUGGAUAAUAAUAUCGACACAAAAUCGGAUGUCCUUAACUUGAUUUGACUUUACCAUUCCUUUGUUUAUUAUUCCAAUUUAGUAAAUACUUUUUAUUUAUUGACGGGUAACAAAUCAUUCGUUCAUUCAUUUAGUUCAAAUGGCAUCGCACAAUUAAAGUAGUAUUUGAAGAGAAAUCCAACACCUUAAGUGGAAAAACAUUUAUUUGACUGUUGAGUUUGGCAAUAUUAGGUAAUUAUUACAUCUAGAAGUACUUCAAAAAUACUAGAAAAUAUCUACAAUUGUGUUGAUACGUUUCCAUCUAGUGUUGAAACCGAUACAUUUAAAAUGAUAUAUUGUGAAUGAACGAAUGAAGAUAACCAACCAUUCGCAAAGCAAUGGAGAUGUCAUUAAUUGUAUUGAAAGACAUAGUUAAUUUAUUUAUUAGGAAUACCUUUAAGGAGUGUUCUGUAUAUUUGAGGUUCAAGUCUUCCUUUAGUCUUGUUUUGUAUCAAUUGGGGACAAUCCUUUGAGAAGAAUGCGUAGCAUCUCUUUUACGUAUUUAUAUUUAGAAAGAGAUGGAGAAAUUUACUUGAAGAAUCUAGAUAUCUCGAUUAUACGAAAGUAUGAUUCUGUCUUUUCUAGAUUCAUGGAAGAUGGAAUAAAGCACCCAUAUUUAGUCUAUUUUUGCAUGUGACGAGCUCUGGAAAUUUUAUCUGUAGGUAGGAAAUAAUAAAUGCACUAGAUUUUAUCUCAUUGUAACUAACAUACCCACAAUGUCACGAAAAUGUAUUUUUGUAGUUCUUUCUUAUAGGCCUGAACAUAUUGUUGUUAGUAAACUAUAUAGCCAAGCUUAAUUAUUGCUGAUGUUUUCGAAAGACUUUGCAUACAUCUAUAUUGCAUAAAGUCUAAAUAAAUCCUUUUUUAUUGCUUAAUUUGACUAGAAACAAAUAAGCAAUAAAACUUGAAACAAUCUUCAUUUUUCGAAUUAUUUGCGUAUCAACAUUCAUUUGUUCUCAAAAUGGCCGAUAUUAGCAUGUUUGAUUUUUGUGUUAUGGUUGUGAUUUUUGUUUAAGUUUUCUACUAACAUGCACGAUUUGAAGUUCCAAGUGACAAUACAGAUCUUGACUAUUUAAAAUAAAUAUGUAAUAUAACAAAUACUAUUUUGCGCAUAGCUAAUAGAUGACAGCGGCGGUUGUCCUGUGUCGUGGAAUAAAAAAUACUAUUUCUUAAUUUAGGCAAAUAGGUCCGAUAUUAUAUUGUAUAAAAGUGUCAUCUUCACUUUAUUAUGCGUAGAAUAUUUAGGUACUUACUCCAAUUUUGAACAAUUAAUAUUUUAUAUAUUUCUAUAAUUAUUUCUUGUAAUGUAGCUGAGUAAUGGUACAAAAUGUCUUUAUUGGAUUGUUGGACGAGAAUUUUUUGUUGUGGCAUUUUCAAAAGAAUUAUAUACCUCAUUUGGGGGCCCGGUAACUAGAACUUACAAUCUUAUUAAAUACGACGAUUUUGAAUGGUUUAAACAGUUCCUGGAUUUUUGCCUAUUCAAUGUGCAGAAAACUCUUGUCUAACAAAACAGAUAUAGUACAUUUCAAUAAUUCAGUAUUGUCUAAUUAGUUGUGUUCAAAUUUACAAAUAUUUAUUUAACAAAUGGCUUAUAAAGAUAAAUGGCCUUGUAGAUAGAUAAAAAUAUCGAAUUUAAGAAAAUUAUAGUGAGUUAAUACAUUCUUAGAUAUAUUUUGUCUAUGAUAUCAAAUACUAAAAUGUAGUAACAAUUUUCAUGUCAUGUGAUCACCAGAUUGAUAUUUUAGUAUUCAUUGAUUGUAUAUUAAUUUGUGAAGUUUAUGCUUUAGUACAAAAUGCACUUGGCACAUUUAUUUAUUUCAUUAACAGUUAGUUUUAAUUAGACUGGGAAGAGAAGUUUUUUGGACCACAGCUGGUAUUAUAAAAUCUUUAUUAAAAGCGUUGGGAUAUAAAUAUUGUAAUAUUAAUUAACCUUACUUAUUUUUAUUAGACAAAAAUCAAUUAGAUCUAAAUAUGAUAUAUAAAUAUCCCAAAGUCUUAUGGUGUAUUAACACCAACUUGCAAUAUAACUAGUAUAUAAGUAUAUGCAUUUUUUUCUUUUUUAUCAAUUUUUGUCUCGAAAUGGAUUUUUUAAUUACUAACUAUAGUUUUUGUUUUUCUUUAAUUGUUGCCUCUUAUCUAGAAGUGUUCUUUUUAUUGCAUAAUACAUAUUUAUAGUUGUAGGAAAAUAGUUUUAAGAAGUUGCUGGUUGAUCCUCUCAUAAAAAUAUAUUGUUGAAAAAAUAUUGGCGUUGAAAUGUAGUUACUAAAUUAAUUACUCUAUGUAUGAUUGCCUUCACAAAUAGAGGUCUAUUUAUGUAAUAUCCAAAUGUAUAUGGUGCUGGUAGAAGUUAACCAGCUAACAAUUACUUUUGUUAAGAACAAUAAAAUGGAAUGUUUUACA